AUGAAACUAGCAAACACUCUAUUUGAACUAGUGUCAGAGGCUCUUGAUCUCAAACCAAAUCACCUCAAGGAUAUGGGUUGUACCGAGGGGCUUUUUGCUAUAGGCCAUUAUUAUCCAGCAUGCCCGCAACCAGAACUUACCCUAGGCACCAGUAAGCAUGCUGAUAGCAGCUUCCUCACUGUGCUUCUCCAAGACAAUAUUGGCGGCCUCCAAGUUGUACAUCAAAACCAUUGGGUAAAUGUUCCCCCUACUCCAGGAGCUCUCGUUGUCAAUAUUAGUGAUCUUCUUCAGCCUAUCAUCAGGAUUCCUAGUCAUGUUAUGGAGGAAAUGAAAGAUGGGGUUAUCAGGUUCUUUGAACAAGAUACUGUGGUGAAGAAGCAAUGGUAUUCGCGAGAUUUCACAAAAAUGUUUAUAUUUCAUAGCAACUUUGAUCUGUUUAGAGCACCAGUAACCAACUGGAGGGACACUUUUUUUUCCACAGUAGCUCCUAUACCUCCCAACCUUGAAGAAUUUCCCUCUGUCUGCAGGGAUAUUCUCUUUGAGUACACAAACCAAGUGAUGAAACUAGCAUACACUAUAUUUGAACUAUUGUCUGAGGCUCUUGGCCUCAAACCAAAUCACCUCAACGGUAUGGGCUGUAGCGAGGGGCUUAUGGCUUUAGGCAAUUAUUAUCCAGCAUGCCCACAACCAGAACUUACUCUAGGAUCUGGGAAGCAUGCUGACAGUAACUUCCUCACCGUGCUUCUCCAAGACAAUAUUGGCGGUCUCCAAGUUCUACAUCAAAACCAUUGGGUAGAUGUUCCCCCUACUCCCGGAGCUCUCGUGGUCAAUAUUGGAGAUCUUUUUCAGCUUAUAUCAAAUGACAAGUUCAAAAGUGUUGAACAUAUAGUACUGGCAAAUAAGGUUGGUCCAAGGAUAUCAAUGGCAUGCUUUUGCACGACAAGUUUUCUUCCAACAGAAAGGUUAUAUGGACCUAUCCAGGAGUUGAUAUCAGAACAUAAUCCUCGAAAGUAUAAGGAAACCACAAUUAAGGAGUACACUACUAGUAACAAAGGGCUGGAUGACACUUCUGCUCUGUUGCAUUUUAGACUUUAGAUUAAAUAGUUGAGCCAUUAUUGGCCUCAAUCUAAGGGGUGUGUUAGAGUAAUUCUGAAGAUGAAAGAUAUUGUGGCAAAUAAGGUUUGUA